CCCACACCACCAGGUGAAAGAGAGGAAUAAAAAUGCGCAAGUCGUGAGUUUCAUUUGCGAAAAACACCUAUACAGACAUGGCCGCCAAGAAAUAUCGAAAAGCUGAAGAUAAUAUAGAAAAACAAACGAGCGAAGAACGAAGAGACCAGAAAAUCAAACUGUUCAUGCAGCAUUUUGAGAAUGAAGUAGCAACGAAAAGAAGAAAUGAUUUGGAAACAAAGUUGGAAAAAAUCGUAUCCACCGUGGGAAAAGCUUUUAAAGUGGAGCUCCUGAAGAUGCCGUUCGACCUGCAACGCACCAAGCUGAAAAACAUGAAGAUAGAGCAAAUCUGGCAAGCUGAGGGCGUGGCUGCUGUAACUAAUGUGGAAAUGUUCCCAGAAAUUAAAACGAGGAAGCAGAAGAACAGUAAAAAGGUCUUUAUCCUGGAAGAAUCUGAUCCCAAGAUGUCUGUAAGAAUUACAAGAACUCUGUCAGUUCAAAGCAAGGGGACUGCCCAAAAGCCACCAGCAAAAUCCAGGUCUCUUGCAUCCCUAUCGUCUGCUACAAAACAAAGUCCUACGUUACCAAGGAUGACACCAGCUACUCCAGCAACAACGAGAACUGCAAGAAAAGCUGUGAGCCGUGUUGCUAAAACCCAGAAAGUAGCACAAGAAUCCAAUCAAAAAACUGGACACAAGGCCUGCAGCUUCUCGAAUAACCCCAGCGGUUUAGACCACUCGCUUGCAUUUGCAAAUAUACCUACUUCUCACGGACAGGCUCUGUACUUAUUUGGUGAUGUUAAAAACAAGAUAGAUCUGGACCUGCUUGAUGAGAAGGCAUUACAACAUAUGCAGGCAUUAAUGAGCACACUAGAUUUCAUUUGCAAGGCUAAAGUUGGCCAUGGAAACGGUAUCUGAGAACUGUAUUUCUUUUGAAGUAACUGUCUGUAAUGUUGAUUUUUAUACUUUUAAAUGUUUUAACAGUAAAAUUAAGCUUAUUUGUGUGUGAUUUCUGGAUAUUAACCUUAAUAAAAUAGAUCCCACAUGAUCAAAUAAA